GCCGUUUUCCCGUACGUGUUGUUACCAGUUACGUUUUGCGAGUUCGUAUGAGACCGCAGGUAACAGCUGUAUGCGGACUUGUGGUCUACGAUGGUUCCUGUUUGGUUAAGGAAUACUAACAGGGACAUUAGUUAAUCUCAGUUUGCUCCUCGUGGUGUUCCCCUGAACCAAACAAGAGACUGGCGCCGUGUAUCAUGGAACACCUGGCGAAGUUCAUCCAGGUCGGGCCCUCCAAUGCACUGUUCUCGCAGAUUCGGUUCAUCCAGCCGAACGACGACUGGCUGUCCAUACAACGCUUCAAGGCCAUAGAAGUGAAACUGUGCAAUGUCCUGGAGAAGAAACUGCCUGAUGUCGUCUCUGCGAAACCGGGAGCAUUGGAAAGCGUGAAUGGCGACUUGACACUUGAGGACGUCAAGGUGACCUACAACAUGAAGAAACGAGCCAACCUUCCACCGUUCGUGAUUGUGGCACGCAAGGACGAUGCCAAGUGGGAAGCGAGGAAGGCCAAGCACGUCGACGAGUCCAUUUGCAAGUUUAAAGAUUACGGUGGGAUGUUCGAAAGGAAAGCUGUGCUCAAGUCCGAACUGACUGUCAGCAUACGUCGCCUGACGACGAGUGAACUGGCACAACAAGCCAAGGUUCAAAACAGCCAGACAACGCAGAACAACACUUCACGGGGAAUCAGCGGCUAUUUCAAACCUGCCGCGGCACCACGACCAAAGACUCCGGAGGAAAAAACAGCAUUGAAGAGGCUGUUAGAUCGCAGGGAGGCAAAGAAGCGGCACAUCAGCAGCUCCGACUCGGAAAGCAACAGUGCAAGUGAAAAUUUCGAAACACACAAGUCUAAACGCCUCGACAGGAAGCUUGUGCCACCCCCUCGCAGUGAGACGCCAAAGGACGCCACCAGCAGGGCGGAAGGCGAUGGCAAGAAGAUUGCUUCGCUGUCGCAGCCGGUUCCCGAGAAGCGCGUCCCCCUCCAAGACACAACACAGCAGGACGAGGACAGAAUCUCGGCUACUCAGGUUUCCAAGCCGACUGCAGUGGCCAUCUCUCGAGGCGGCAGCCCGUCCGUCCGGUCGGGUUGGAGCCGCCACCACGACCAACACCGGGCAGAUGCUUCACUCAAAGACGCCGACAAACCGAAGACAUCCUCGCAUCGCGGAGAAAGGGAGAAGGCGAAGAGCCACGACCCGCCGCCGGCUGCGGCUGCGUCUUCCUCGCGCGGCGCAGGCAGCAGCGGCUCCUCCCGCGAGAAAGAGCACAAGACCAGGACCGAGCACAGGGAGUUGCGCGAGCGGAACACGGCAGCAUCCCACUCUCAGAAAGUCGAGAAAGAGUCAUCGUCCUCAAAGUCCAGCAGAAGUGGGAAGGAGAAAGAGUCCACGCAGGGAAAAAGCAGGCAUCACCGGGACAGGCAUGACAAGCAUUCUUCUUCGAAGAAGACUUCGACUUCACACAGGCAGGACAAGUCAUCGUCAAAGGGGUCGUCUCACGCACCGAAGGAUCGCGAGGAUAAGUCCAAGCAGAGCAAGAUGAAGCAGGCGAACAUCAAGCAGCUGCUGACGGACUGCGGCAUUGACGACUCGGACUCUGAUGGAGAGGCGCCAGCGCCGAAGAAGGUGUGCGAUGAGACCUCUCGGCGGUCUCCCGACUCCACACAGCAGGUCGACGUAAGAGUCGUCCCGCAUGCAUCCAGGAGCAGCAGCGCCAAGAGGGUGAGCCUGGAAGACUUCCAGAGCAAGAAGGAGCCGUCCCAAGCCGCGCCUUCUGGCGCAAAGAGGUUGAAGCAAGCGGAGAGCGUGCUCUCCAAGAGUCUGUUUGUCGAGGACGAGGAGAACAGCGAUGAGAGCGGUGACGACAAGCCCAGGCGAGAGACCACUGGCAAGUCGCCCACAACGGAAGACGACGCGCCAACCGUCGACACGGCGAAGCAGGCGGCGCAAAGUUCCCCCGAGAUGGACACAUACGAGCCAACUCCCGUGGUGAGGCCACCAACGGAUGUGGAAGAUGAUGAGAGUGGGCCUUCAAAACCAGCUGGAAUGGUUGUCACAUCAGACGAGGAAGUUUCCAAGUUAACGAGGACACCGCCGCGUCGAGAGUCUUAUGUGCCAUCAUACCGGGGAACGCCAACGAGGCCUGAGGCGUUGUCGUACGAUCCAUCUUCGCCGAAGAGACAGGAGGAGAAACGCAGGAGGAGGGACCCGCCGGUUGAGUACAUACCUUCGAGCAUCGGGCCCACAGGUGCAGCCAAGCCCUCGCGCGGUCGCUACGAGGAGUACGUUCCAGAGGCAGUCAACCGCUCCGCGCGGCAUCAGCAGUCAACCAUGGAGUACAUCCCGACAUACAUUCCGACACCAAAGCGGGAGAUAAGCUCAGACGUUUCCACAACGACGUACUCUCCUCUGCCGCUGUCAGAGGUACCCGAAACGAAGAACCAGCCCGGGAACUCAUUUGUGCCUUCUGCCAGGGUGGAGCGGGAAAUACGAAACGCAAGAGACGUGAAAGACCUGGAGGAGCGCCAUAUCCGUUACCUCUUGAAGAAGUGUUUGCCAGAAUUGGAAGGAAUUCGCGCGGGGAAGAUUGAAAGCUGGAGGCGCACAGAUUAUUUCAAGGGCGGGAAGGCCAAGAGGUCGCUCACCUACAAGGUGUUCUUCGCGCCAUUCUCCGAGAAGCAAAUUGACGUCAUCAUUGACCUCCUCAUGGAGGAGUUCGCCCAAAAAGAAGUGAGCGGAGACUACUUGAACCAAGUCCUCAUGCCCGAAUUCAUGAUACGGGUGUACAUGGCAAACAAGGGAACCACUGCAGAGGAGAGCGACCGUCUGAUGGCGGAGACACGCCUAGUCCACAACAUCCCGCUCCGUUGAGCCCAUACAACGACGAGAGCUUCGCGUACACCUUCUCUGGACUCACUUCACUAGAAGUGCUCGGCUAGGACAGUGUCACAAACAAAUGACUGUGUGUGGGCAGUGUUUGAUAUUCAUGACCAUGUAUAUGCUCUUGUAGUCAGGAACGAACCAUCUCAUCACAAAUAUCCUCAACUUGGUCACCGCGAGUCAGGUUACCCCAGUGCCUUCGUUUAGCGUAACGUUAUGUGCCAACACAAAUCCUCGAAAGCAAACUUUGAAGUCUCAGAGCUCUGCGGUUCAACAUUCGUGCUCACACAUGAAGCAAUCAAUGCCUCGGCACAGCAGCAACGUCCAGAGGUGUGGCUUCGCGUCGUCUGUUAUGCAAUUGAGGCCUACCAAAUCUGUAUGGUAAAACAAGCUUUGCUUUCAGCAGCACACUGCCAUUGCAACAAGCUAGCAUCAUGUAUGUCUACCGCAUAUGAAGUGGCAGUGAAUUUGUGAACCCCCAGUCCAGUAAACUGCAUCCUCAACUCCUGCAAAUAUACUGAAAGCUUGUCAAAAUUGCUUUUACCAUGUCUAAUUUACCAAUCCUUGAUCAAUACUGCUAGUAAGAAGGCUGAUAAUUAGCGAGAAAGGAGUAGUUAUACGGGAUAACUGUGCGACCUUGGCACUGGGUUGCGUCACAAUUUGUGUUGCAGCCUACAUGCUUAGUCAUGUUUUAUUUCAAUGUAGGUAACUACUGCAAGUGUCUUGAUGCAGCACUCUUUUAAAACAUUAUCUGUCAAAGUUGUGUGUUCGUGUUUUUUUUUUUUUUCUUUUUGCUUGCUACAUAAGACUCUUGUAACUUACUUCUGUGAUAUGCUGCAAAUCGCAGCACAGAUUAUGUGCCCUGUUGAGUUGAAUGGCACUUGAUGGCUCUGAAACCAAAGAGGCUUUUUUUUUUUGUAUUUUUCACACAGAACAAAACAGCUAGUUUCUUUUGUUAAUGCAUCACAUAGUUUAAGACUCGCGUAAGUGUUCACAAUUUGUACAUGUCAUUUUUUACCCAAAUAAAUAUUGUAAGAUUAUAUAAUGUACAUUUCUUACGCAAUAAAAUGGCCAUAGACAAG